AUGGAUUUCAACGGCUCCAACCCAUUUCCCGAGGGAGUCAUCUCCUUCCUCGACACGGAUCUCUACAAGCUGACUAUGCAAUGCGCCGUCUUGAAGUACUUUCCAGAUGUGCAAGUCAGCUAUGCUUUUAAGAAUAGGACCCCGGAGAAGAAAUUAUCUAGAGCCGCAUUUCAAUGGUUGCAGAUCCAAAUCAAUAAGCUUGGAAACAUAGCCCUCUCGAAUGAUGAACUGCGAUUUCUGCAGACGACAUGCACGUAUCUUAACAAAGCCUACCUCGAAUUUCUAAAAGAAUUCCGACUCAAUCCUCGAGAGCAGGUCACAGCCUCGUUUGUCGCGAUUAAUGACACUGGAAGUGAAGAUGACAUUGGCGAAGUCGACCUUGUGAUUAAGGGCAAAUGGGUCGAUACGAUUCUCUACGAAAUUCCGCUGCUCGCUUUGACUAGUGAGGCAUAUUUCAGGUUUAUGGACACAGAUUGGACAUAUGAUGGUCAAGAGGAAAAGGCCUACGACAAGGGUAUGCGGCUACUGGAAGCAGGCUGCAUUGUCUCCGAGUUUGGCACACGGAGGAGAAGAGAUUACCAUACCCAAGCACUUGUCUUCCGAGGUCUUGUCAAAGCCAAGAAGGAUGGUCAGAAGAAGGGCCUUCCAGGGCAGAUCUCGGGAACGAGUAAUGUUCACUUGGCUAUGAGAUUUGGCAUUCCCCCAAUUGGUACCGUGGCGCACGAGUGGUUCAUGGGCGUCGCAGCUAUCACCGGUGAUUACGACAAUGCGACAAGAAAUGCACUCAGCUACUGGGUUGGUUGCUUCGGAGAAGGCGUUUUAGGCAUUGCUUUAACAGACACAUUUGGCACGCCUGUCUUCCUGAAGGCUUUUAACGAGCCGAUCCAGAAAGUGACGGAUGGAAAGCAAGAUGGUGUAGCCACAGGAACUCUGGAAAGCGAAGAAAAGCCAAGAACAUUCGCAGAGGUCUUCACUGGUGUGCGACAAGAUUCAGGUGACCCAGCCAACUUCGUAAAGUUGAUGCGGGAGUUCUACGACAAAGUUGGUAUCAAGGAGAAGAAGACUAUUGUCUUUUCAGAUUCUCUCAAUAUUGAUCUCUGCAUCGAGUACAAGAAAAUCUCCGAUGAAGCUGGCUUCAAUUGUACGUUUGGUGUUGGGACUUUUUUCACCAACGACUUCGUACACCAGACUACUGGCAAGAAGUCUGUUCCUCUAAAUAUCGUCAUAAAAUUGAGUUCGGCUGCUGGCAACCAAGCUAUCAAGAUCAGUGAUAAUAUCGGGAAGAACACUGGUGAUAGGGAAACUGUCGAGAAGGUCAAGAUGCAACUGGGUUACGUUGAGGAGGAUUGGAAGUUAGGUGAUGAGGCCAAGCGAUGGGGAACUGAA